UGUCCGAAUAGUUUGCGAGGGUGGCUCGGGCGAAGCGGCUGCUGGCACCGGCUUUCUCCGGCUCCCCGUCCCCCAUUCGGGGCUCUCCUGUGGCCAUUGCUCACAAUUACGAGAACCCUCUGGCGAAACGCGAGUCGGGGAUCACCAUGAGCUGCCAGAGCUCCGUGCGGAUUUCUCGGGCCUGCGCUGUGCCCCAUGGCGGCGCCGUCAGCCCCUCCCCUGGCGUUCUGCGCGCGCCGGGGGGGCGGGUCCAGCGCCGGUCAAGGAGGGGGUCGAGUGCACGCAGCUCUGCAAGAUCAGGGGUAGCCAGGCGGUGUCCCCCCACCACUUCGCACCAGAGUCGAUGUGCCGGUGCAAGUCGGGCUACGGUGGCCAAACACCAGCUGCACGCAGUGCGCUGCGGACACCUUCUCGCGCUACGUCGACGACGGCCUCCUCGUCUCGGAGUGCGAGGUGUGCGAGCCAGGCCGCUACAGGGACUCGGGCAAGCAGCAGUGCAUGCCCUGCCUGGCGGGCAGUGUGACUUCCGUGCAGGGGAUGGAGGAGUGCGAGCUGUGCGCAGUGGGCACGUACCAGAGCGAGACCGGGCAGGACACCUGCGACGAGUGUCCGACCGACCAGAUCACCUCCGAGUGGGCGAUCGUGGCGGGUGCGUACAAGUGGGUGCCGGUGCGUGGUGCUCAAAAUGCCUCGUCUUGCGGCUGUAACCAAGGGUUCAGAGAGGUCGACGGCGAGUGCGUGGAGUGCGGCGACAGCAGCAUCACUGGCCUGGUCUGCGGCGGCAAGGACGACGUCAUGGUGGCUGCGGGCUUCUACGCGGCGGACGAUUCGUUCUCGGUCUUCAAGUGCCACGGCGCCGCGGGCAAGUGUGUCGGGGGCGAGGCGGGGAGUACUUGCGCGGCUGGGCGCAGGGGCACAGCCUGCGCAUUCUGCUGGGAGGGUUAUUCGAGACGCUGCGCGUUCCCCGCCCGCUCGGUCCCGUUCUCGCCGGAAGAGGCGCAAACGGCGCCAAGACGUCAUGACAAUAUUCGUCCGCCCCUGUGUCGCCGUACACGUUGCCAGUGCACAUGUCGAGAAUACGCAAGAUCGUACUCGAGCUUGCGAUUGUAAGUUUCCGUGCAGCGUGGUGCGUGAGACACAGCAUAGCGCGGCAUAGAUUUGCCUCGCAUGUCUAAGAAUACAUGAUUUGGUAUGCCGGCCAAUCUUCUAUCGGCCAUGCGGCCGGGACAUCAGUGCACAGUUCUGCGAGUGUGUGGUGGGCUCGCCCUUCUGGCAACGGUAGGGGGUAGGGGUGGCAACGCCCUUCCCGCUCCAGAUUCGGCGUCGUCCGUAAACAUUGGUUCAAGGUGCGAGUCGC